AUGCCUAAAGCAUACGCAAAGCUAAAGGCCAAAGAGAUCGCGGGAAACCUAUUGAACAAGUUUGCCGAGGUCCUCGACAAGAAGGACGAUGACGAGGAGAAACCUCCUCCUCCGCCACCGAAACCUUCCUCGUUUUCCCCUAUUGCGUCUGGAUCUUCCAGCCUGAUGGGAGCCGCUCAUAGUCUCGUCGAUUCGUUCAAUACCUUGAAGAUCAGACCUUCUGCGGAUACCCCAGCCGCUGCAGGUGGUUUCGUUGGAGGAUUUCAUCCUGGUUAUUCUCUCCCUGGAAACUCUGUGUCUCCUCCUCCUCUUCACCAUGCCUCGUCCGCCCCACCUCCUACAAUGCCCGCCCCUUUCGUGCCACCCGCUUCGCCCCAGCAGUCGUUGACUAUGCAAAUGGCGCUUCGUCCAGAACUUGACACUGCACCCCCAAGGCCGUCUUCUGCUCCAAUAACGUCACCCGUUCAAUCUCAGGCCAAUGCACUUGCUACUCCUUCUAAGCCUAAACCCAAUGCAAGCAAGCCCUCCGCAUCUAAGCCUAGUGCAAAACCUUCAACGCCGCAGCGCCCCUCGAAACCACAGGCGACCUCUUCGGGUAGUUCUUCCACACCUUCUACGCCCAAUGGAAAGGAGCCCAAGGAAGGACAAGUCCAAUGUUCCGGGACAACGAAAAAGGGGGAAAGGUGUACGCGUAUGGUCAAAACUUCCCCAGCUCUUUCGUCAAAGAUAGACUGCGACAGUGAUGAUGAAGCACCUUUGGAAGCUUUUUGUUUCCAACAUACCAAAGAGAUAUUGCAGGGCCCUUCCGGGUGCUAUGCCCGCAAGAAUGGGGAGUGGUUUGAAUUUAAUGGCACGUAUCUAACCUAUUAUCAAGCCAAGCCGUCUAACAGCUUCAUAGACUGGAUACCAGCAUAUCUUUCACAUGAGACUCAGCUGUCACUUCGGAUUGAAAUGGAGCGUGCUCGAUCCCUGUCUGAUGUCGAUGGCUACAUCUACACUUUCGAAAUCCGAGAUGACGACGACAGUGACACGGUCAAGCUCAAGGUUGGACGGGCAGUGAAUCUUACCAAACGGAUCGACGAAUGGUCAAAACAGUGCGGCUCCAAAGAACAGGUAUUGCGCGGGUACUACCCGCAUCCGGAAGAUGACCACGAUGCGCAGACAAGCCUUAUGAAAGGCAGAGUGAGAGCUGGCGAGAAGGCACCUUGUUGUCAUCGAUUGGAACGUCUGAUUCACCUAGAGCUGGCCGACCUGGCCCUCACACAAGUCUACUUGGACCCUGAAUGGCCUCACAUUGAAGUUGACCCCUCUCCGACGCCAUCGUCUGGGAAAAGAAAUGCCUCAAAGAAGGUAGACCGUUGCCCUGACUGCGGAAGCAUGCACAAAGAGAUUUUCGAAUUCCGACGGUGGUCAUCUGGGCCCAAUAAAAACAGGGAAUGGGAGAACAUCGUGAAGCCGGUUAUCGAACGGUGGGGAAAAUUUGUAGAACUGUAUCUAUGA